GCCAAGCUUUCCCUCCGAACUCCAAAUCGUUCGAGAUCUACUUUUCUUCCAUCCAAAUUUUCCUCCGAUAAGUUUCCGGUACUAAUUUCAAGCUCCCUUCUUCAGAUGUCCUCGCAAUAUCCGCCUCCGACCACCGCCUUCCUCACCGGCGCCUCUCGCUCUUCCUCAUUCACGCGUCGCCCAUGGCGCGAGUUCCUCUCCGUCUCCUCCUUCGCCCGCCCCUACUCCUGCGGCGAGGCCACCGUCCGUAUAAAGCGGAACCUCUACUACUUCCGCGUCAAUUACGCCAUGAUUCUCCUAGUAAUUCUCUUCCUCAGCCUCCUCUGGCAUCCCGUAUCCAUGAUUGUCUUCUUGGUCAUCUUCGUCGCUUGGUUCUUCCUCUACUUCGGUCGCGACGAGCCGUUGGAGGUUUUUAACCGCACAAUCAACGACCGCCUGGUGCUGGGAGUUCUUGGCGUUAUUACCAUCGUGGCCUUGGUUUUGACGGGUGUGUGGCUGAAUGUGUUGGUCUCGAUUCUGAUUGGGGCUUUUCUCGUAGGACUGCACGCUGCAUUUAGAGGAACUGAUGAUUUGUACCACGACGAAACAGAGGCCGGCGAGGGUGGAUUGUUUUCAGUAGUGGGAAGCCGCAUGACCAGAGCUGGAUACGGCCGCGUUUCUUCAAUAGAAGUCUAAAUUGAAAACGGUUAGUGGGUUUAGAUAAGUUUUAAAGAAGAAUAGAUUCAUUGCUUGUUAUAUGAUGCUUCGUUUUGUUAGCCUACAAUCUAUAUUACGUAUGGAAUAUUUUUGUAAAUCUUGUAGUGACUGAAUUGAAUAGUUUUCCCAAUAUUGAUACAGUAGAUGAAUUCAAGUGUGUUUAGUGUUUUCUGAAGCUUUUUGGAUUUGAAGAACCCUUUAAAGUUUAAACUCCAUUUUGGUACAAAGGUUUGUUAAUAUAAUGUUGCAAAUUUGUGGGUGUCCCAAUUCCCAAUUCUGUAAUUUUUUGAAGCAUAAAGAUUUCCAUUGAGCAAAAAGAGUAAUGUCCUUUUUAGUGUUUUUAUCAUCCAAUGUGCUGUUGCCUUGCCUGUGAGAUGUAAAGAGGAAUUGUUGUUGUCAGUUGUUGGUUGUCACUGCUCCCAUGGAAGGCCUAAUAUAAGCUGGCAUUCCACAUUUGUCAUGGGCAAAUGGGCUCCCUCCUAAAGUUCCUUUUUCUUCUUCCUUUGAAUUUAUUAAAAACCUUCCUAAAGG